GGGGAGGGGCAAAGUAUUUAAAUCUCACGCAAAGCAAAACGAGAUGAGAAACAAGGAGCAAUAGUAACAGUAAAACCCCUCGACCGGAGAAACAAACCCUAGAAAGCAAGCAUCUUGAACAAUGGCGUCAUCAUCAAGCAGCAAUCUCACAUUCAAACUCCACCCGCUAGUUAUGCUCAACAUAUCCGAUCACUACACUCGUGUCAAAUCUCAAUCCGCCGGCCCUCCUCACUCCGCCGCCCUCGCCUCCGCGCCGCCGCCGCUCAGGGUUUUCGGUUGCGUCAUCGGCGUCCAGAGAGGCCGCACCGUCGAAAUCUUUAACAGCUUCGAGCUUUUGUUUGAUGAUUCUACUCAUUCUCUCGAUCGCGCCUUCCUGAUUAAGAAACAAGAGCUUUAUAAGAAGGUGUUUCCUAAUUUUUAUGUACUUGGAUGGUAUUCUACUGGGAGCGAUGCGGAGGAAUCGGAUAUGAUUAUUCAUAAAUCUUUGAUGGAUAUCAACGAGAGUCCAGUAUUUGUGCUGUUGAAUCCUUCAGUCAACCAUGCACAGAAGGAUCUCCCGAUAACUAUCUUUGAAAGUGAGUUGCAUAUCAUCGACGCAGUCCCACAGCUUAUAUUUGUUCGUUCAAGCUAUAGUAUAGAGACAGUAGAAGCAGAACGUAUUUCAGUCGACCAUGUUGCACAUCUUAAACCAUCAGAUGGUGGUUCAGCAGCUACUCAGUUGGCUGCCCAUCUUACCGGCACACAUAGUGCAAUCAAGAUGCUGAAUAGCCGAAUCAGAGUUCUGCACCACUAUCUUCUGGCAAUGGAGAAAGGUGAUAUGCCUUGUGAGAAUUCGUUGUUAAGACAGGUAUCUAGUCUCCUGAGGAGAUUGCCAACAGUUGAGUCCGCGAAAUUUCAAGAUGAUUUCUUGAUGGAUUACAAUGAUACACUGUUUGUGAGUUAUUUGGCCAUGCUCACCAACUGCUCAAGUACUAUGAAUGAUUUGGUCGACAAAUUUAACACUGCCUAUGACCGAAACAGUCGAAGGGGUGGAAGAACUGCAUUCAUUUAGAAUCUGCUGCCUGCUCUUUUUGAUCCAGUUCUCGUAAUACAGCACAUAUUUAAGUAGGCUUUUGUGGCCAUGCGGCCGAGUCUUGACAAUGCAGAAGUGCAAAUGGUUAUAUCUUUCUUUGCCUUCCUGCAUGUUUGGAAGCGAUUACCACUUCUCCAUCUAAUUUGAAAAAUAUGGCCAAGUCAAAAAACAGAUUUCUUGGGUUUAGUUCACCCAGCUCGUUUCUGUUUAAGCAAAUGAGCCAUUUAAAUAUGGAAAGUUUAUGAUUCGUCCAAGAUUAAUGAUAAAUUAAGCUAUUCUUUUCA